CCAGCCCUUAUCUCCUCCAGCCCCUGGGCUGUUUGCAGAGAGCAGCUAUAAAGAGGCUGACAGAGCACAGAGUGGAGGAGAACUACAAGGUGCAGGAAAACAGCAGCACUGCUUGGCUCACCACGACCUGCUCUGCACCAUGGGGAAGGACAAGCUGCCCAGCAAACCAAACAUCUUCCUCCUUCUUCUCGUCUUCCUUCCUGGAAAUACUCCUCUCCACACAGAACCGCAGUACCUGGUGCUGGUGCCCUUUCUGAUACACACGGAGUCUCAAGAGAAAGUCUGUGUCCAGCUGACUCACCUGAACGAGUCUGUGAGUGCCACACUCGAGUACCUAGGGGAGAACAGGAGCUUGAUUGAUGAUGUGGUGUCAGAGAAAGAUGUGUUCACCUGCAUCCCUUUCUCUCUUCCAAAAUCCAAUAGCACAUCAGUGGCGUUUCUCACUGUGACGGUGACAGGGGACACACUGCAGUUCAAGAGCCGCAAGUCAGUGCUGAUCAAGAAUUCUGAAAGCUUGGUCUUCAUCCAGACAGACAAACCCAUCUACAAGCCUGGACAGACAGUUCAGUUUCGGAUCGUCUCUCUGGACAAAGACUUCUACCCGCUGAAUGAGAAGUUUCCCUUUGUCUACGUUCAGGAUCCCCAGAGGAACCGUGUGUACCAGUGGCAAGGGGUGGAACUAGAAACAGGAUUUACACAGCUCUCCUUCCCCCUCACCUCGGAUCCCAUCCAAGGCUCCUACAAAAUAGUCGUGCAGAAGAGCUUCUCAUCCCAUGUGGAGCACUCCUUCAGUGUGGAGGAAUUUGUGCUGCCCAGGUUCGAGGUCCUGGUGAAGGUCCCAAAGAUGAUCACUAUUAAGGACAACGAGCUUCCAGUGUCUGUCUGUGGUCUGUACACCUAUGGGAAGCCUGUUCCUGGUCUGGUGAAUGUCCAGGUAUGCCGGAAAUUUUCCCAGUCUGCUUCAAGUUGUUAUGGAAAAGAAGCAGAAUCUGUGUGUGAAGAAUUCACUAGACAGGCAGAUGCUCGUGGAUGUGUUUCUGGUGUGGUGAGGACCAAGGUGUUUCAGCUCCUACGCAAGGGAUAUGAGAUGAGCAUUGAGGUACAAGGCAAAAUCACAGAAGAUGGCACAGGAAUAGAGAUGACUGGAACUGGCUCCUGCGGUAUCACGUCCACCAUGAGCAGAAUCCACUUUGACCUGUUGGACUAUGUGUACAAACCAGGGAUCCCUCUCUUUGGGAUGGUGAAGCUGGUCGAUGGCACUGAUGCUCCACUUGCCAAUGAAACCAUCACGAUUACUGUGGGUGGAAACAAAUACAAAGGGAAUUACACUACAGAUGAGCAGGGACAAUCCUGGUUUUCCAUAGACACUAUCAGUUUCACGGAACUCUCCCUGGAAAUUCGAGCAGAUCAUAAACCUGAACUGAACUGUUAUGACAGUGACUGGAUGACACCAUCCUAUGAGCAUACCACGCGCAGAGUAACUCGCUCUUACUCUCUCAGUAAGAGCUUCCUCAAAAUUGAGCCAAAGCCUGAGACAUUAAGUUGUGGCUCCUCAGCAGAGGUCCAAGUGCACUAUACCUUCACACCAGAGGCCAUAGGCGAGCAGAAGAAAAUUGUCAUUUAUUAUUUGGUGAUGGCCAAGGGAAAAAUCGUAUUAGCUGACACCCAUGAGCUGACUGUGAAUCCUGGAGAUGCUUCUGGGACAUUUCAGCUGAGCUUCUCUGUCGAGGCAGCGCUUGCUCCCGUGGCACAGAUGCUUGUGUACACCACUUCACCCAGUGGGGAAGUCAUCGCCAGUUCAGAAGAUUUCCAGGUUGAAAUGUGCCUCCCCAAUAAAGUGAGAUUGAGUUUUGCACCCAAGGAAGGUCUUCCUGCUUCCAAUACACGUCUGCAACUCCACACCUCCCCAAGAUCCCUGUGUGCCCUGCGUGCAGUGGACAAGAGUGUUCUCCUUAUGAAGCCUGAAAAUGAGCUUUCUCCCAGCUCUGUGUAUCAGCUUCUCCCACUGAAGGAAAGCCAGGGUUAUAGCUUCAGGGACUACUACUUGGAAGAAGACAAUGUAAAUCCUUGUGUGUCACUUGACAAUCUGUCAUUAAAUGGAUUUCUCUACAUACCCAUUUCUUCUGAUGGUGAAGGAGAUGCCUACGAAAUUCUCAAAGAAUUGGGCUUAAAAGUCUUCACUAGCAGCAAGAUCCAUAAGCCUGAACUCUGCGAGCAUUAUCCAGAACACAUGAUGGAAAGGAGUUACAGUGGUUCUAUCACUACAAUGAAUCUGCAUGGAGAACUGAGUUAUGACAUGGCAGAAGAUAUGGUUGAUGGCAAUCCUAUGGACACAGUCCGGAAAUACUUCCCUGAGACAUGGAUCUGGGACAUAGUUUCAGUCAACCCUGAGGGAAAAGCUGAUCUGGAAGUGACCAUCCCUGACACCAUCACUGAGUGGAAAGCCAAUGCAUUCUGCACUUCAGUAAACACAGGCUUUGGCCUGUCCCCGACAGUGUCCCUCAGAGCUUUCCAGCCCUUCUUUGUCGAGCUCACCAUGCCCUACUCUGUAGUGCGUGGGGAGUCCUUCACGCUGAAAGCCACCGUGUUCAACUACCUGCCUGCCUGCAUCAGGGUCAGUGUGUCUCUGGCUGAAUCUACCGAUUUCCUGGCUGUACCAGUGGGGAAACGGGAAGAAUCCUACUGCAUCUGUGUGAAUGAAAGGAAAACUGUUGCUUGGGCAGUAACACCAAGAUCUCUAGGGCAGGUGGAGUUCUCAGUGACCACUGAGGCCCUACAGAGCCAGCAGCCCUGUGGGAACUACAUUGUGGAGACCCCUAAGAAAGGGCGGAAGGACACGGUCAUCAGGCAGCUGCCGGUGGAGCCGGAAGGGACUGAAGUGGAAACCACGUACAACUCUCUGCUCUGUGCAUCUGAAGAGUCAGUGUCAGAGAGAGUCUCCUUGGUCCUCCCAGAGACUGUGGUGGAUGACUCAGCCAGAGCUUAUUUCUCAGUGCUAGGUAACCUAAUGGCCAAUUCACACACUGUUAAUUGCACUGCCAUGCAGAACCUGCACCAGCUCCUCCAGAUGCCCUUUGGCUGUGGGGAGCAGAACAUGGUCCUCUUUGCACCCAACAUCUACGUCCUGGACUAUCUGAACAAGACAGGGCAGCUGAGUGAAGAGGUCAAAUCCAAGGCCACUGGGUACUUAGUGAGCGGGUAUCAGAGGCAAUUGAAAUAUAAACACCGGGAUGGUUCUUACAGCACCUUUGGGCCACGUUAUGGGCAAGCUGGAAAUACCUGGCUCACAGCCUUUGUCCUCAAGUCCUUUGCCCAGGCCCGGCAUCACAUCUUCAUAGAGGAGAAGCACAUCCAGGAUGCUUUGAACUGGCUUACUCAAAAGCAGAAGGAGAAUGGAUGUUUCCGCAGCUCUGGGACACUCCUGAACAAUGCUAUGAAGGGUGGAGUGAAUGACGAGGUCACACUGGCAGCCUACAUCACUAUUGCACUGCUGGAGAUUCCCCUGCCUGUAACCCAUUCGGUGGUGCGGAAUGCUCUGUUCUGCCUGGAAACAGCAGCCAGUCAGGAACAAAACCAUGUGUACACCAAGGCACUGCUGGCAUACGCCUUUGCCCUGGCAGGGAACAGGGAGAAGCGGAAGGCAUUGCUUGACUCACUUGAAAAGGAAGCAGUGAGAAAGGAUGGGUCUGUUCACUGGCAGCGGCCUGGCAAGGAGCCCGAGGCUGAUCUCCCGUACUAUCGCCACCGAGCUCCCUCUGCGGAAGUGGAGAUGACGGCCUACGUGCUCCUGGCUCACCUCAGCUCGCAGCCAGCCCCUGCCCAGGAGGAGCUGUCCUUUGCAUCCCUUAUUGCAAAGUGGAUCAGCAGUCAGCAGAAUCCCAGUGGAGGCUUCUCCUCCACCCAGGACACAGUGGUGGCUCUCCAAGCCUUGUCCCUGUAUGGAGCUGCCACCUAUGCCAAGAGCGGGGCGGCAUCCAAAGUGGCCCUGCGGUCUGCAGGGGAUUUCCAGCAAGACUUCCAAGUGGAUCCCAGCAACCGGCUGCUGCUGCAGCGCGUGCCCCUUCCCCAGGUGCCAGGGGAGUACAGCGUGGAGGUGUCUGGUGAAGGAUGCAUCUACCUGCAGACAAGCCUGAGGUACAACGUGCAGCCCACACAGGAGAAGGCGCCCUUCCAGCUCCGUGUGUACACAAUCCCAGAGGUGUGUGUGGACUCCAAGGCUCACAAGGUCUUUGACAUUGGCAUAAAUGUCAGUUACACAGGGGAGCGCAAUGUCUCCAACAUGGUGAUAGUUGAUGUGAAGAUGCUGUCAGGAUUCGUCCCCUUGAAGUCCUCAGUGAGGAAGCUCUCAAACACACGGUUUCACCAGAUCCAGCGAACAGAAGUGAACUCAAACCAUGUUUUGCUGUACAUCGAGCAGCUGGGCAGGGAGAGCCUCAGCUUCUCCUUCACGGUGGAGCGGGACAUCCCCGUGCGGGGCCUGAAGCCAGCCCAGGUGAAGGUCUAUGACUACUACGAGACAGAUGAGUUUGCCACACAGGAAUACAGCGCUCCCUGCACCACAGUCAAGGCUGAACAAGGAAAUUCCUGAAGAAUGCAUCUUGUCGGAGCCUUGCUGUAUCAGCUCAUGUGUCUCUGCCCCUAGAAGAUCUUGUUAAGGGAGGGGUAUUUAAAUGUUAGAGGAGGACGCCUCAGAAGCAAAAAGGAAGGAACACUAUAAAUAAAUUAAUUCUUGAUACUCAUCA